AUGAAGACACCACGACACACGUACAUGCCUAGUGAAUCAGAUAUACCGGAGCCUAGUGCUGCUGAUCUUGCAGAUGGUAUUGUCGGGCCUAUGGAAAUGCCAAUGCACGCGCCUAUCCCACUUUUGCGCCUCCAAACGCGGCAAUUUCGUAAGAAAAAGGCGAGAAUGGCCGGCUUCCGUCAUCUCUUUAAGCACGAGGGUAGUAAGCCUUACGUCUCUAUUGCAAUAAGACGGUUGAAGAAGCUAGAGCGUUUGCGAUCAUCUCAUGGACUGCCGGUAGUAUCAUUUCGGGAAAAGGCACAGCGUCUGCGCGACUCGAUGGACGAAGAAUUUCACGUGAUGCAGAACCAGAGUAGCAUCUGUCUGUGCUUUUCCUGUCAGCAUAUCAGGCGCUGGAGCUCUACACUACAGCCAUAUCGCUGUACAAAUACAAACUGCAGAAUUACAUUCGACAGCUUUACGGAUCUUUAUGAUCAUCAGCUGGACGUCCACGGAGGACUCGAUCCGAGAGCUAAUCGCAUUGUGAACGAGUUGUACCAUCAGCAACAGGGCAUGCUUGCUCUCCCACCGUCUACAGUCUAUGCAGGACAACAGUUUCUGACUCCAAGUCGCCCACCGACACCGUGGAAGUCUAUGGACGAACUGGAUGAAGAGGCCAGGACAUUAAUGGAAAGGUUGCGAGAAAAAAGUCAAGCUCUUUUUGUACGGCCCUUUAAUAUUUUCAAGACGGCGUAUGAACUGGUAAAGAGAAAUGGAUGGGAGGAGAUGAAACGGCAGUAUCAUAUUGCAAUGGAGCAUUACUAUGCGGCAAUGAAGUAUCUCGCGUCGAGUCGUGGGUUUCAUGACGGCUGUCCGUCGGUAGAACGCGGUAGGAACUGGCUGACGUCUACGGAUCGGGAAGACGCUCGUUUAUUGUAUCCGUUUAGUCUUGGAGAUAAGAUGGAUAUUGAGCCAGAAUUUGUCCUGAUUGAUACGAAAUGUGACGAAGAAAUGUACAUUGAGCUAAGUAGUGAUGAAGACGAUGGAGAUAUAUCUGUUGACGACGGACGUAGUAGCGAGCAAAAGAGGGCAAAUACUGAUGAAGACGUUAAAAUGAAUAAGUUUGAAGGUGAAUGCUCUCUGAAAGCUGCGCAUGAGCGAAAGGUCUUCGGAGUCGACAAUGAUGUUGAUUUGAAGUUUUGUGAAGAAAGCGGUAACGACCCUGAUGCACAACCAUCGGGAAACGAUGAAAAAGUCGAGCUGAAAUUUUCCAAACGUUCUGAUAGUGAUAGCGAGAGUGACAGCGAGAAUGAUGAGGACAAAACGACGCUGUCGUCAUCUGAAGAUGUUAGCAAAGUACAAUCAAUUUCAGAUGGCGACAGUGACAUUGCGGUCAAAAUUGCAAAAGACAAAGCCAGUAGUUAUUACUUCAGUGACACUGACAGUAGCACUGAAAGCGAAGACGACAAGACUGACCACAGGGUCCAGUUGUCGUCUUUGGACUUCAACAGUGACAGCGACAGUGACGACGUAGCCUUCAAAAUAAAAGAUGAGGCAGGAAGUAAUUAUGUCUGCAAGCAAUCGUGA